CCUACAAAAACAUGGAACAGACUCCAAGGCAGGACGACCAGGUGACGAGGCAGCAGAUGGAGCAGCUGCAAAGGCUGGUGGCUGAACAGCAGAAAAUCAUUGCACUUUACAACCCAGGCUUUUCUGUUUCUCCUGGGAUACCUUCCCACCUAGUAGCCAUGAUGCCUCCCCUUCCGUGCUUUCCGGCUACUUUCAUUCCUGUCCAGUUCCCAUCAGAAAAUUCUUCCCAAGUUGAGAGCCCGGAGUGCUUACAGACUUCUCCCUUGGCAAUGCGCUCUGCUUGGCAAAGCAGAUCCCCGCUGUUUGUGCCAAACGAGAGCAGUUCAGAAAUCUCAGGAGAGCAUGUGCAGCUUUCAGAUUCAGAUAACAGUCAAUUAAAAGAAAGGCAUUUACCUGGAACUUUUUCUGCUGUCAAAGAAGAACAAAGAGAGCAAGUAAAGGAGAUUUCUCCAUCUCCCUUUGGCAUGGAGGGAAAGGUGGAGACUGGAAACAUAGAAGACAGGCCAAUCACACCAGCAAUUGGUAUUAGACAGAAGACUUCUGAAGAAUUUGCUGAAGAACAACUUAAAGUAGACAAUCAUCUCAUAGAAAAACAGCAGAAGGAGCAGCAGAGCAAGGCAAAAGUAACACCUCGAAAGGCUUUUCUGAAACAAAAAGAAGGUAUGGCAAGGCUCAAAAAAAAUAAACAGAAGCCUUUAAAAGAAGACAGAAAGCAUUCCAGAAGAGCUGGUUUGGACUGCGGGGGUCAGUUCUCCCAGCCUUGCCGAGUGGAUGCAGGCAUACUGCAUCCAGGGGAAUGCUCUCAGUUCAAUCUGCAGGUCAGUAGCUCCAUGCAGAUAGGUACACAUGAAAAAAAAGCAGACUGUGCUUUAGCUGAGUGGAAGAUAAAGGCUCAGACUGACUGCGAAGCAAAAGUAGUUCAGCAAAGUGCAGGAGAAAAAGAAGUGAUUGGGAGAGAUGAAGAUGCAAAGGAAAAUCCUGUUGACUCACCACAGAGAAGGUGGCCUGAAAUCCUGCAGCCAUGUCCUGAAACAGUAACAGAAAUGAACCUACAAGUAGGUGAGGAAAGGGAAACUCAUCAUACGGAUUCUCUAGGGCAGGCAGGCAGAACCGAUGGAAGACCUGUGGAGGGUAUCCUGCAAAAGGACCUAGGUAGGGUGGAUCAGCCUCUGAAGGGUCAUCUCACAGAGGGAGCAAAAUGUCCCUCGGAGGUCCUGCAAAAGCAUUCUCCACUUCAGGAUUUAGAAACAGGUCGCAUCAAGGAGGCGGAGUGGGGUGCAGGCGUAGGUGAGAAGUGGGUUCAGGUAUGCCCACAGGAACUUGUUUUGGGGAGCCAGAGCUCAGAAAGCAAAAGACAAAUCGGUACUGGUUUUAAGAUGAUCAAUGGUAAGGUAGUAAAAAUUACACGUAGCUCACCUGAGGCUGUGGAGAAGGGAAGCUCACCCUCAGCCUUGCAGCAGGAGUGGCAAAGGAAGGGGACAGCUGCCUCGGUGUGGCAUGGUCAGUCUUCGUCCUGUGAGUCUAGCUGCUUAUCCUCCAACAGUGAUGAAAACUCCAAAUCUCACCAUGCUCAGUAUCCCUCCUCGCAUCGGCCUCAGGGAGUAGAUCAUACUGACGGAGAUUUGGAUCUCUCUGACGGUGAUUAUGCUAGUGAUGAGCCCAGUGGAACUGAAAAAAUGUCUGUUAAAAAGUACAGCACAUCACCCCCAAGGAAACAAGAUAUUCAAGCGAUCUCAAGACAACAAGGUCUCUCCUGCAGCACAAGCAGCAGUGAUUCCAGCACUGGGGCUGUCAGGCUGAAAGGGAGCAAGGCUCUCUCUUCUCUUCAGCAUUCCCUAUUUCAUCUCACAAGAUCAAAAAGGAGAGAGCAUGAGCCUGAAUCAAAGCAUGAGAAUAGGGCCAGGGAUGCUAAAACCCUACAUCUGCCAUCCUCAACAGUGGCUGGUGAGAUUCCUGCUUUCAAGAUUAAAGAAACCCCUGCAGUGGAGGGACCACAUAAAAAACCAUUUACAGACACAUUAGAAGAAACCCAGAACAUCCUUACCAGAGGAUUAGAGACUGGCAUAUAUCGCAGAGGAACCCCUUCGUUGACUAGGGUGGAAGAAGAACAAGAGAAAGCAAUGCUUUUUCACAGAACACGAAUGGACCAGCUCAAGACUGUCAGGAGCCAGGAGCUGACUCACCCUUUGGAAUACAAUAGAGACCAAAUUCACCCACUGCAGAAAGAAAAAAUUACCCAUAGCAAGUUCAAAGGAACAGCUAGAGUCACUGGAGAAAAUGUGAAAUCAGAAGAAAUACAAAUAUUAAAACAGCAGAUUGCUGGGCUGCAGGAGGAGUUCAAGAGAAAUGAGUCCUGCUGGCAUGCUGCAUACAGCAAGCUGAGGGACCAAGUUGAGAUGCUGACCAGGCAGAACAUGGAGCUUCGAGAUGAGCUCAGAGUUUCAGAACAUCAGAGAUGGAAAGCAGAAAAAACUCCAGAAGCUGUGAAUUUCAUGGACAGAAAAUCAGAGACCCCGGUUGCAGAAGCUAUUCUGCAAGAGGCAGCACCUUCAUCCAAACAAGAAGAAAGAUCACAGAGAGAUAAUCACAAGAGCCACAGCAUCUCUCAUGUGGGGCCAAAGACAUCUUUGCAAAAACACUUCUUCAGAGAUGUGAAUAGCAAAGCAAUAGGAAGGUCUGUGCAAAGGGCUGAUCCUUUGAGAUCAGUGACAAAGGAACAUCAAGAAAAGAAACCAUCUAACUGCUCCCCUGGCAGAAGCAGAACACCGACUGGCAGGAGGACACCUCACCAAGGAAGACUGACACCUUUUGAACCAGAAAAAGUUGUACAUCAAUCCUCUCCUAGUGGGAGAAGAACAGAUGAUAGGAAAUCACCUGGAGCGCUCUCGCAUCUGACUGGUGGGUUUAAGAAUCCUAACUCAUCUUUCUACAUGAAAGGUAGCUCAGAAGACAUGCCUCUCUCACAUAACCACAGCAACGACACUUGCAGCUUUGCACACUGCGGUAACAAUGAAGAAACAGAGCCUCCAAAAUCAAUAUUAUCUAGAAGGUCAAUGUUACAUCAAGAAAGAAGAAAAAGUGAGGAAGAGGUGCAGGAAAAAAUAGAGUAUUGUGAUGGAAAGGUAGAAGAGGUGCUUACUGACGGACGUCGAAUCAUCACUUUCCGCAAUGGUACUAAAAAAGAGAUCAGUGCUGAUAAAAGGAUGACAACAAUUAGCUUUUUCAAUGGAGAUGUAAAGAAGAUCAUGCCAGAUCAGAGAGUGAUUUAUUAUUAUGCAGAUGCACAGACAACCCACACUGCUUAUCCAGAUGGCCUGGAGGUGCUGCAGUUCCCUAAUAAUCAGAUAGGUAUGCAAGAGCUCAUAAAUGUGAACUGUAUGUGCAGGAAGGUUUCUAUUAUGAAAGUGUUGUCUGAUUCUGACUCCAGCAGAUUGGAAAAACAUUACCCUGAUGGCACAAAAGAAAUUGUGUUCCCAGAUCACACAGUGAAAUGCCUCUAUAGUGAUGGAUUCAAGGAAACUUUUUUCCCAGAUGGUACAGUAGUAAAAGUAGAAAAGAAUGGAGAUAAAACAGUGGUAUUCAGUAACGGCCAAAAGGAGAUUCACACUGUGCAGUUCAAGAGGCGGGAGUACCCGGAUGGCACCGUAAAAACCGUGUACUGCAAUGGCAGACAGGAAACCAAAUACUCCACUGGACGAGUUCGAAUCAAAGAUGAGGGUAAUAUCAUCCUAGAUAAGAAGUGA